CUAUAGGUACUUCUGUCCUGCAGUAUCCCUUUAGUCCUGUUGGCGGCAUUACUGAACGCCCUCAUACUGUUCGGUGAUAGUUAUCAGUUGAGGACCAACGGGCCUAUUUGUUGAGGAUGACUGUUAUCUGCGCUAUCCCGUUCGUGGACCAACCGUUCUGAUUCUGACAAAUAUAGGUGUGAGAUGUGCAGAUCACGGCGUUUAAUAAGGGACGAGGAUUUCACUAUCGGUUCUCCUGCCAUCACGUCUAGUCCCAUCCAGUCUCUUCGUCUUGCUAUCGAGUUACCGUAAUUACCUGUAUUUACGCUUCCGGUCAAGCGUCAAUCCUGUCCCGGUCCGAGUUCAACAUGGCAGAACCCGGCGACGCCCAGAUAUCGAGUGUCCUAACCACCGUCCUCGGAGACAGCGUCCUACGGCCCGGCAGCGAAGAGUACGACAAAAGCAACGGCUCGUACUUUAGCGCCUUCGAGAACGAGAUCAAGCCGGCAUUCAUCGCCAAACCGAGCUCCCCCGAGCAGGUACAGGACCUGAUCAAGGCACUCCGCCCACAUCUGCUUUCGGGGGGCUGUCAAGUCGCCAUCCGAGGCACCGGCCAUACCCCGAUUGCGAGUAGUGCCAACGUCCAAAAUGGUGUCACCGUCGACACGAGGGGUCUCAAGGGCAUCACCUUGAAUGGGGACAAGUCCAUUGUGGAGCUCGGUGUCGGCGAGACGUGGGCGACGGCAUACACCGAGCUGGAAAAACAUGGCUUGACCGUGGCGGGAGGACGUGUCGGACGCAUCGGCGUGGGUGGUCUCAUUCUGGGAGGUGGACUAUCCAUGUUCUCCAAACGCAGAGGAUUCGCAUGCGACUCGGUCACCGAAUUCAAAGUCGUCCUUGCAUCCGGCGACCUCGUUCGCGCCAACGCAGAAGAGAACCCGGACCUCUGGUAUGCGCUCAAGGGCGGUCUGAACAACUUCGGCAUCGUCACCUCCCUCAAGAUGAAGACGUUCCAGUCCGGCGACAUCUGGGGCGGCCUCACCUACUACAUGCCCGAGACCUUCCCGCAGCUCAUCGAGAGGACGUGCGACUAUGCCUACAACGAGACGGACGAGGACACCCACAUCAUGUGCAGUGCCGGCUACGGCUUCGGCCACCAGGCCAUCACCGUCGUCAUGUACCACACCCAGGGGCUGGAGAACCCCCCGGCGCUCCAGCGUUUUACGGCGGUAGAACCGCAGAUUAAGCAGAUGGGGUCCAUGCGGAAAUCCACGCAUCUCGAUUUCUGCGACGAACUCUCCAAGUUUACUACUGACGGAGUGCGGCAAUACUGGGCUUCCAUCACCGUCAAGCCGGAUCCAUCGCUGCUGGGAACAUUCCACGAGAAAUGGCAAAAAGCGGUCGAGGCCCUGAAAGACGCCGACGGGUUCAUCUUCACCCUCGGCAUGCACCCCCUGACGAGGACGCUGCUGGAGAACUCGGCGAAAGCCGGCGGCAACGCCAAGGCCAUCCCCCCUUCCGACGGGCCUCUCCUUAUCAUCCUGAUCAAUCCCAUCUGGAACGCGCAGCAAGACGACAGCCGCAUCUUCGCGUACAUCCGCAACCUCGUCGCCGAGUUUAGGCAGCUGGCGAGUGAAAAGGGGUUGCUGCACCGGUACAUCUUUACCAACUACGCCGAUGCCGUCGACUCGGCCAUUGCUGGGUAUGGAGAGGAGAGCGUCGCGAAGCUGAGGGAGGCGAGUAAGAAGUACGAUCCCGAAGGUGUAUUUCAAAAGGGCGUUCCUGGGGGGUUCAAGCUGCCGAGCGUGGUGGCUUGAUUUUGGCGGCUUGCAUGCCGGCCGUCUCUGCCCCUGGCCGGAAUGUUCCGUUCCGUCCGUUACAACUCAUACUCCGGGCCCAGCCCGAGAUAGAUUCUGCAAAAUUCCUUACAAAGAACAUGAACCAUUUCUUGUACCAUCAAAUUCCAUCAAGCCACACAUCAUCGUAUUGCUUUUCCAUCCAUGAAUAAUGAAACCCUC